AUGUCAAAAAAUUCCUCAGUAACAUACAAAGUGAACAACACUUUAAACUUAAGAGGGAAAAGCCUUGUUGAACAAAAAGAGGAAAUAGUUUAUGCCAAUUUGGCACUUGAACGUUCUCGACUUUUUCUGCUUUGCUUUUUCAGCCAGCUGCCUUAUUUGUUAGCCAAUGCAAGAUACCCAAUUUCAAGGAUUACUGGUAGACUUUUCAUUAAUAUUUAG